ACGAUGGGAAGCCCCAAGUUUCAGAAAAGGCAUCUUCACCAGCAGUGCAAGACAUUCCUGCUACCCAUCCCCAUAAUGUCAUGAAAGCCCUGGAAGCAGACGCCAACAAGCCCGCAGAGAAGCGUAAAGCAGAGGCGACGGCUCUGAAAGAUCAGGGGAACCAAGCGUUCAAGAAGAGCAAUUACACACGAGCCGUUGAGCUCUACACACAGGGCCUGGAGCGUCUAAAAGACUUUGUGGUGCUGUACACCAACAGGGCACAGGCUUACAACAAAUUGGGAAAGUUUACAGAGGCAAUGGAGGACUGCCGGACUGCCUUGCAGUUGGAACCAAACAACGUCAAGGCAUUGGUGCACCUUGGCAAGGCCCAACAGGGACUGAAGGAUUACGAGGUGGCUGUUACGACUUACAAAGAAAUCACCAAGAUUGACGAGAAGUACGAAAGUAAAGUCGCAGGCUACAUUGCAGAAGUGAAUCUAGCCGAGUCCGCAGCCAAGUCUGAUAUGGAGGCUGAGAGGCUGUUGAGUGAGGGCGAUGUCAAAGCAACGGGCGUUCAUGAGAUCGGACUCGGUGACGUAACAGACAGUCAAGCAGCUCUGACCCAACAACUACCAGAUGAUCAACAAACGACUCAGUCUGGCAGUGGACAGCCUUCCCAGCAGGAACCAACGCAACAACCUCCGCCGCAACUACAGCCAAGACCAGAUUACCCACAAAGAAGUGAAGCCAUCAUAGGAAGCAUCAGCGGUAGCCAGAACCCUGUCAUUGUUGGUUCAAAUGAAGUAAAUAUCAUUUACAACAAGCUGUCAGAGGGACCAGAAACCACCGGACUCCAGGAAUCGGGUACCUUUGAGGAUUUGCAACAGGAAAUUAUUGACAACUAUGAGCAAACUGCAACAACUAUUCCUGCACAUCCUACACUGCAGUCACGUAAUGUGGGUAUUGAGGAAUUCUUUAUUCCACUGAAUCUCAGAAAGAACAUUUCAGGCAAAACGAAAUCAGAGAGGUUGGUCACAUUACUAAAACAAAACAUAUUUUUGGAUGAAGCACAAAAGAUAAUUCUCAAAUCCGUUGAUGAUUUGUUCAAUCAGAAAAUAGUUAAGGAAAUCAAGAUUCUUCUUUAUGGUGGGGCCGGGACGGGUAAAACAACCCUGUUAGUGAAAGUUGUAAACUCCUGCAUCACACUCAGUUCAGAACCCCUUCUCGGUAGAUUCGAUCUUGUGCUUUGGAUUAAGCUGAGGCAAAUGCAAUCAAACAGUGUCUUGGAUGCCAUAUUUGACCAAAUUCUACCAAUUGACACAAAACUGGACAAAACAACAGUGCAACGUAUCAUUGAUGGUAAGCAAUCACGCAUUGCUUUGCUGUUGGAUGGAUUAGAUGAAAUUCCGUCUCAUGUUUUGCAAUCUAAGGAGGGCGUGUACAGGGUUCAAGAUAUCUUACACAGCAGAGUCCUUACAAAAAGUUUUGUGUUGGUAACUACUCGACCACACAUGAUGGAAUAUGUAUUGGAGGGUAGCAACCCGUACGCAGUGGUUGAAACAUGUGGCUUCAGACCACAAGACAGAGAUCAAUAUAUCAGAUUAAACCUUUCUGAUGAUUCUGACAUGGGAGAGGCAUUGAUUUCACAUCUAGAAGACAAUGCAAAUCUCAAGGAGAUGGCUGUAAUUCCAAUCAUUUCCCAGAUGUUGUGCCUUGUUUGGAAGAAUGAAAAGUCAUUGCCUGAGAGAAUUACCAAGCUGUACGAAAAGUUUGCGGUUGUUCUUUUCAAGCGCUGCAAUAAAGAUAUGAAUGAUGAUCAGGUGAUGUUAAACUUGAUGCCCAUCAUUGAUGACUUGGGGCGUGUUGCAUUACAAGGGUUACUAGACUCUAGAGGGGAAAGACUCAUGUUCAAUGAAACUGAAUUUCAGGAUUGUCCGUCUUGCUUAGCUGAGGGUUGUCGUGUGGGUUUCGUUCUACGUGAAACGUUCACGAGUGGUCUGGAUGUAAAAGUGCUGGUCACUUUCCCCCACAAGUCCAUCCAAGAAUACUUUGCAGCAUGUCACCUGGUGAAAUUGCUACAACAAGAUGACGAAAACAAUUUCCGUCAUCAGUUGGAGCAGAUUGGAGAAGGAAAUGUUUUUGCGAUGGAAUACCUGCUGAGAUUUUGUUGUGGUAGAUCCAUGCAGGCUGCUGGUCUCAUUCUGGAUCACAUACAAGAGAUGCAAGGUGAUGAGAUGAAGCUGCAGAGAUUGGCUCGGUUGAUAUUGUGUGAAUCUGGUUCAAAAGAGUUGGCUACCAAACUUGUCAGACCAACUAGGGUAGAGUGUGAGAGUAAUGCAGACCUGAAAUCACUGAGCUACUACUUAAAGCGUGUCACUCCACCACUUAAAAAUACAGGCUUUUACAUGCAUGUAAGAAAGCAGGAUCUUAACCUUUUCAGGGAAAUUCUUCUGAGUGACAGCAUGGAGUCGGCUAAGAUGAUAUUUGUUCACUACAUGUUGUCUGAGGAGGAGAAGGAGGAUUUCAGUCCCCUAGAGAAAACAAUUGGUGUGAGGAAAGAAGAGCGCCGUGCUCAAUUACACAUUAUGUUUUACAUUGGGGAAAAGUCGUUGUUUGACAUGGGGCCUGCAUCGCACAGCUUUUUGCGCAUGCAAAAAAAAAUCAUGCCUAGUUUGUCCAUGAUAAAAGUAAGACCAGAGGAGGUUGUUGAUGUGUUGCAGGUACUGGAAGAAUGCAGGUUUAAUUAUCUCUACCUGCAUAGUAUCAACCUGCAUGGACAGUUGCGAGAUGUCCAUAUCUUGCCAGCCAUUGGCACCUUGCACCUCGAAAAGUGCAGGUUGGUCGAUGAUGAUGUGAAGGACCUGAUCAGCAUCCUUCCUGCUGGGCGUGGUUUAAUAGGGCUUACCCUUGAUGACAGUGCAUUCAGUUUGGAUGCAGUGAGGGCUCUCAUCGGUCAUCUCCAAGGUUUCCCAAAGUUAUGUCGGUUGGGACUUCAUAACAUCGGCCUCGAUGCUCAGCUCAUCAGACAAGUUGUCAGUCAAGGCCUCCCUCACCUGAAGGAAACAGCAGAGGGAGAUUUCCGAGCCUAAAUAAUCUACCACCAAGUCAUAACUCCCACCCUGUGCCCUAUGAAUGCACCACGUUCACAAAGUAGCACGUAUCAUGGGUCAUUUUAUGUAAAAUCAAUGCUCUGCAACCCCCUCCCCUCCCCCCCAAAAAAACCCAAUAAGUUAAAAACAAAUAAAAAAAUAACAGCAAUCAAUAACAACAAAACUUUAUUUUCAGAGGGCAAUAAGAGGCUCGAUAAUGAAUAGAAAAGUCAAC